AUGGCAAAGAAGGAUAAAAAAUCUAAAGAAGCCAAAAAGGCUAGAGCAGCUGAAAAACAGAAAAAAAGUGCUGCCAAAGCCGAAUUAAAAGAUAAAAAAUUGGCCAAAAAAUUAGGUGAAGCCGAUGAUGAUGAAGAUGAUGAUAUUGAUGCCAUUUUAGAAAAAUAUGCUAAAGAACAAUUAGAAUUCACCGAAAUUAAAAUUGAAAUUUGUGAUCAUCAUCCAACAAAAAGAUUAAAUCCAACAAUGGUUAGUAAUCCAUUACAUAAUAAACGUGAAUUAAUAUUAUUUGGAGGGGAAAAUACUGAUGGUGGUCAUAGUAAAUUUUAUAAUGAUUUAUAUACUUAUUCUAUUGACAAUGAUACUUGGAGGAAAAUUUCAAGCAAAAAUUCUCCAUUACCAAGAUCUUCACAUGCCAUGUGUUCUCAUCCUUCUGGGAUAAUAUUAAUGUUUGGUGGGGAAUUUUCUUCACCAAAGCAAUCUACAUUUUAUCAUUAUGGUGACACUUGGAUACUUGAUGCUGAUACUAAAGAAUGGCAAAAAAUAGAUUCUAAAAAAGGUCCAAGUGCUAGAUCGGGUCACAGAUUGGCCGUUUGGAAAAACUAUAUUAUAUUACAUGGAGGGUUUAGAGAUUUGGGUACCAUGACUACUUAUCUAAAUGAUGUUUGGUUAUUUGAUGUUACGGAAUUCAAAUGGACUCAAGUAGAAUUCCCUCCAAAUCAUCCUAUUCCUGAUGCUAGAUCAGGUCAUUCUUUAUUGCCAUGUAGUGAGGGUGCGGUUAUUUAUGGUGGUUAUACCAAAAUUAAGGCUAAAAAGGGUUUACAAAAGGGUAAAGUUUUGAAUGAUUGUUGGAUAUUAAAAAUGAAAUCUGAUCCUAAAGCUGUACGAUUUGAAAGAAGGAAAAAACAGGGUACAUUGCCAUCACCAAGAGUUGGAUGUUCUUUAGUAUAUCAUAAAAAUCGAGGGAUGUUAUUUGGAGGAGUUUACGAUUUUGAAGAAAGUGAAGAAAAUUUGGAUUCAGAAUUUUAUAAUCAAUUAUAUACUUAUCAUAUUGAAAGUAAUCGUUGGUAUAAUUUACAUUUAAAACCUCAAAGAAAAAAGAAAAAGGAAACAAUUAAAGAAAAAACUCGAGAUGAAGAUUUAGAAGAAAUUUUAAACUCAAUUUUAGCAAAAGCAAAUUUAAAUGAUAAUGAUAAUGAUGGAGAAGAAGAAGAAAUUGAUAAUGAAGAAAUGAAUAAAAUUGAACAAUUGAAACAACUUGAAAAAAUUGAUGAGCCAGAGAAGGAUGUUAUGGAAUAUCCUAUUAUGAAUCAAUUACCUCAUCCUAGAUUCAAUGCUACCACCUGUGUUGUUGACGAUGUUUUGUAUAUAUAUGGUGGUAUUUUCGAAAGAGGAGAACAAGAAUUUAAUUUAGAUUCAUUUUAUGCUAUUGAUUUAGGGAGAUUAGAUGGUGUCAAAGUAUUUUGGGAAGAUUUGUCAGAAUUAGAAAAGAGUGAAGCCAAUUCAGAUGAAGAAGAAGAUGAUGAGGACGAUGACGAUGAAGAAGAAGGUGAUGAAGAUGAAGUGGACAAUAUUCUUGAAGAUGAACUAGAGGAGGAAGAAGACGAAGAAGACGAAGAAGAAGAAACUGAAGAAGAAUUCCCCGAUGCAAGAUCAUGGUUGCCACAUCCAAAACCUUUUGAGUCGUUGCGUGCUUUUUAUUCUCGUACUGGAGCUCAAUUUUUGGAAUGGGCUAUUUCAAGUAAUAGAGAUGCUCGUGGUAAGGAUUUGAAAAAAGCUGCAUUUGAUAUGUGUGAAGAUAGAUUCUGGGAAAGAAGAGAAGCAGUUUCUGUAGCUGAAGAUAAUUUGGAAGAAAUGGGCGGUGUAGGUGAAGUUGUUGAAAAAGAUACUAGUAAAGCCACAUCCAAAAGAAGAUAA